UUGUGCGCUCAGAGAAAAUUUGAAAGGUUUAGCAAAAGUGAGAGAGGCACAUACAUUGGCAGUGAGAGAGAGAGAGAGAGAGAGAGAGCUACAACAGGAUAUUUUGUCACUAUGGUUACGGGCAGCAGAUACGGAUCUUGAUUUCUGUAUGUCAUGCUGUUCUCACUCAGCGCAGUGUGGUUGUAGUGCUGUCAGGACAGGUUGUAUAACUGAGAUAAACUUUGCACAAAAGUUUAACUUCUUCUGGAUCUAUGUGGCUUCAGUAAAUCUGAGGAAAGACAUAUUCUAUCUGUGAGUUACUGGUUCCGAAAAUACCAAGAUGGCUUCUACCACUGGGCCUAUGACCUUCACCUCCUCACCUUUCAACAACAGUAACUGUGGCACCCUAUACGCCCACCGGCACUAUGCCAGGGUCGUCAUGCCUAUUUUCUACUGCACUGUGUUCAUUGUGGGGCUGCUCGGUAACUGCCUCGCCCUCCACGUCAUCCGUCCCAAUCUGAAGAAGAUCAACUCCACCACCUUGUACUCUCUCAACCUGGUCAUCUCCGAUAUCCUCUUCACCCUGUCUCUGCCUGUGAGGAUUGUCUACUAUGCCCUGGGCUUCCACUGGCCUCUGGGCGAGAUGCUGUGCAAGAUCUCGGGCCUCAUCUUCUAUAUCAACACCUACGCAGGGGUCAAUUUCAUGACUUGCCUCAGCAUUGACCGUUUCAUCGCUGUGGUCUUGCCUCUGCGCUUUGCUCGACUCAGGAAGGUCAGUAACGUGCGCUAUAUUUGUGUUGGUGUUUGGGUGCUGGUCCUGGCACAGACCCUCCCCCUUCUUGGCAUGCCAAUGACCGGCGAGGAAGAUGGUGGCUACAUCACCUGCAUGGAAUACCCCAAUUUUGACAAGGUCGACCAUAUUGCCAAUAUACUGAUUGGUGCUGUCUUCCUCGGUUAUAUUAUCCCUGUGAUCACCAUCCUGGUGUGUUACUCCGUCUUAUGCUCCAAACUCCACUUAUCAGCCAAGACCAACCAUUUGACGGAAAAGUCUGGUCGUAGCCGCAAGGCCAUCGGUGUGAUCUGUUGUGUGUCCCUGGUGUUUGUCAUCUGUUUCAGCCCCUAUCACAUCGACAUCCUGCAGUACAUGAUCCGCAAACUGUCCUCAGAACCUGACUGUGCUGAUCUCACAGCCUUUCAGGUAUCGCUGCACAUCACGGUGUGUCUGAUGAACUUCAACUCCUGCUUGGAUCCGUUUAUCUACUUCUUUGCCUGCAAGGGCUACAAGAGGAAACUUAUGAAGCUGCUGAAGAUGCAGGUCAGCAUGUCCUUCUCCAGUGUAGUGAGGACAUCACCCGAGGGCUCCUCCAAGGAUAUAAUUGACGGCAACAAGAUCCAACUCAACAGUUCUAUUAUAGGUGGAACCAGUGAAAGACUCACAGAAAGGAGAUCACACAGGAAUGAGUAAACUGAAGGGCUGAGGCACUGAGAGUUGCAUAAGAUGUGGGAAACUUUUGUCUCAGUGGGGCUACUUCAAUCAGGACAGUGUCAGACAAACUGAUCUCAACACUGAAAUGGAUUCAGUCAUGCCAUCAUGGACUUCAAGCAGCUACUCAGCAUCUGGAUCCAUAGCAAUUUGGGUGUAUUGGACCAGAUCAGUUUACACAGGGAAGGAACAUCAACAAAAUUUUAAUUGAAG